UGAUACUGCAUUAAACUACACUCCACUGGGACUUAAAGGGACUGGUAUCUCACUAAUUUCGAGAAACAGAGCAGAUGUUUUAUUGAAAAAAUUUCCCAAAUUCUGAGACAUUUCAUUAGAUCAUAAAAACAGAGCAGACGUGUUUUCAACAGUGAAUGCAGGCUGUCUAAUGAGCAUUUUGUAUCCUUUAAUCCUGGCUCAUUCCUUUAGAGGUGAACUGCCUGAUACCUUCACUCACAAAUGUUCAUGAGUUCAAAUAAAUGUUUCGAAUAUUAUGUAAAUAGCACCGAGUUAUCAUAAUUUUACCUCUUCACUGUGUGGUGAACAUCAUUCAUUGAACUCUAUGAGGAACUCCAUAACGAUUAUCUAUUUUAUGCAAUAGAAUUUUUGAUAUUGUAACUUCAGUUUUUUUUUGUUUUGUUUUUUGAGUAAGGCAAACAUGUGUCGACACUGUAGGACCACCCUUGGCCUUGAUAAAUGGUUUGCAUUUAUUUCUCACAAACCAGUCAGGAUGUUUUACCCAAGCAGGAGUCUGUCAGCAUAAACAUAUUUUAUGUGAUAUAUUUUAACAUGUGUUUGACCACGAAAAAGGAUUAGGGCCACAAGAAGAGAAAAAAAUUAUUAAGGAAGAUUUUUUUUAAAUUUCCAUUUCGUGAUUAGAGUCGAAAUUUCAAGAUUAAAGUCGAAAUUCAAAAAAGUCGAAAUGAAAUGCCAUAUGACUUAAAUUUGUUGUAGCCAUCCAUGUGCCAGAGUGCAUUGGGUCCUCAGCUUCAGUAAUGCCUGCACCUCAGACGCCGGGCCCGUCUGUGCACACAGGCGUAACCAUUGAUAACCCUGCAUGUGCAUCAUAAUCUUCGGCACAGUCUUUCAGAGUCCGAACACUUCUGUGGACCACUCUGUGUUUGUGUGCUAGGAGAGCAACGACUUCCUUGUUACUAAAUCUUAUUCUGAAGUACAGCUCUAUAAACUGUUCUACAGUGGACAUGUUGUCGAGUGACGAGCAACAAUGCUCUUGAUUCAUUAUCAUAAAUCUUAGCAUUAUGACUUUAUUCAAAAAAUUUCGUCUUUAUUUGCGUUUACUUUAAUCACGUAAUUUCGACUUUAAUCUCGGAAUUUCAAUUUGAUUCACAAAAUUUCAACUUAAUUCCUGUCAACUUUAAUCUUGAAAUUUUGACUUUAAUCUCGAAAUUUCGACUUUGAUUUCGAAAUUUCGACUUUAAUCUCAUUCCUGUAAUUAUUUUUUUUUCUCUUCAUGUAGCCCUAAUCCUCUGUCAUAGUUUGACAAUCUAGAAACACAGAACCAGGUUGUUAAAAACAGUAAAGGCUUUCCCUGCUGAGAUCAAGGAAAUGCUGUUUUUUUUCUGAAUGGUCAAGGUGCCCAUUGACAAAGAAUUACAACUCGGUAUAAGAUAGUGUAAUGCACCAAAGAGAUUUCCAGGACACACAAGCAAUACUCAGCAUCAGAGGAAAUAUUUCAGAAGGAUUUUUGUGUAGGUAAACAACACAUACGUGUGUUUAGGUGUAACUAUGACUUGUCUCUACUUGUUGGUCAUGGCCCAUUUUCCUUGUGUGUUCGCAGAGAUGGGAUUAGAUUAUAGAGAUUAGAGCUGUUGAGCUUUGUGACUCUGCUCCCUGCACAACAAGCCAGUGUGCAACACUGAUGUACACAUAUCAUAUAAAAAGACACACAAGGUUAUUUCAGGACCAAGCCACACAACCUUGAAAUGUUCAUGUGUUGUAAAAGGAAUACACCAGCAGUGUUGUGUGUUAUUUUCCUAUCUCCUAUAUUUUGUAUCAAUGUGAAACUGAGCUGUAUUUACAAUAUGUUUCUUAAUGUUAAAGAAAAAAAGAAAUAUUUUAGAUUAUACCCCAGCUUCCAGCUCUUGUGUGAUAAUUUAGCAAUCAAUACACUCAACAAUGUUAGUAUUAUGUGUGCGAAGUAACCUGGUAAAAGUUGAACACACAACAUUUUCACUUCUUAUAACUCUACAGCAUUAUGAGAUAGCUGCUAAAUGAAGUCUGACAGCUCAUAUAUGGUGCUAUUUGUAUUUUGCGCUGUGUUUUGUCUGUACACAUUAUAAUACACCUCUCCAAGCCAAUUAUUCUGUGUGGUUGGAAGUUUUGUAUUUUGCAGCACAUGUUUUUUUGUAUCUGUCUCUUUCUCUGUUCUGUUGUUCCUCUCCUUUCCCUGACUCUGUAUGAGAAAAUAGAGCUGCUUGUUUUGAAAACCCUGCAGUCACACAGAAAAACAGCUGGGUUCAGCGUCUCUCCACCACCUUGUUUUGAGUCCUCUUUCCUCUCUCUUCCUCUAGACCCCCUCCCACAAGUGUCUUUGUUUGCUUGCUCAUUUCCCCUCAAGGGUUACCACCCAACAACCUGCAUUGGCUGCUCCUGAUUGGUGGAUUGCUUGUCAUGAGGGUUGGCCCAGUGUCAGGAUUGUGAGAGCUUUACCAGUGGUGAGCCAAGCCUGAGCUGUCAGAAGCGUCCAGUCUGCAGCAGAGGCACAUGCGAGAUCGGUCUCUGUUUUGCUUUGCCUGCCACUGCAGAGCCUGUCCAAACCUCAGAUUUAAAGACCCAGGCUGUUUUUUUCCCCCCUUUUUCAGCUCAAAGACUGUCAGACUAGGAGGUGAAAGGAAUUCUGUAUCCUCUAAAUCUUGGCUUAUAAUUCUGUUUCUCCCUGUUUCCUAAUGCCCACGGUAGCGUGGUUGGAGCGAGAGGAGGAUGGGUCCGGCUGUGGAGGCUCAGACCCAAAAGGCUGUGGAUGCAGAGCAAAAAAAGCAGCAGCAGCAGCAGAACCAGCUGCAGCACAAGCAGUGCUACAUGGAAAAAGGGGUGAUGCUUGAGCCCUUCAUUCACCAGGUGGGGGGACAUUGCUGUGUCUUGCGCUUCGGGGAGCAGACCAUCUGCAAACCUCUGGUCCCCCGAGAACAUCAGUUCUACAAGAGUCUGCCUGCUGCAAUCAGGAGGUUUACCCCCCAGUACAGAGGUAAUGUAAACCUGCCUUUUCAAACAUGUACUGUGGCUUUGUGUUGUUGUACAUCCCCCCCUCAAUUUGAUUAGUCUGUGUGCAUGUGUGAAAGUCAGGUUGGGAUUGAAGCAUUGCUGGUUGCAUGUAAAGUGUUGUUUCCAAGACCCCUGGGUCACACUCGUGUUGUCUCCAGGUGCCUCUCUGCAUUUACUAAACUAUGCCGCAAGAGGGUGCUGAGGCUAAAAAUAGCCCAAACAGGCAAACAGGCACCCUGUUGUGUUGUCCUGUCUGUAGGGGGCUUGUAUAAGACAGGUAAGCCAAGCUGGCCUCCCCCUUUUCUCUAGCACACAAACAUCAUUGUGGACAGGUUACAAAGUGAGACUCUGCCGGGCAGAUGAUGAGGUCAUCUAAACAGGUCAAAACAAGUGCACAUGCACAAAACCUGACUGCUGAGUACCUCUCGAACUUGACAGACUCCACACCCUAUAGAGGCUCUUCAAAAAUGGUGUGUUGUAAGUGACAGCAAAAGAGCCUGUUGGGUUGGUUUCAAUGACACGUCUUCAUCGACAUAAAUAUUUGUGUUGACAGGCUUGAGCAUUUUUUCCCUUUUUUUCCUAUAGUGUAACUUGCCUUUGGUUGUCCUUAAAGCUUAAUUAUAGUCUCACACACUUUCUCCAAAUUACUGAGUGUCAAUCAAAAGAACUCCUGAGCUCAAGAAAGGACAUGACAUUUGACGCUACAUCUUUCUUUUAUAUUUGCUGCAACUUGAGUAUUGAUUAAAAAAAGCUCAUUAUUUCUACAUCAACAUUUUCACCUUUUUAUCUUGACUUUCAUGAACCCUCUUAUCCCCCUCUUUCUCUGGGCCUCACCUUCAAGCCCUUUGUUGAGGAUCUAUGUGGAAAAGAGAAAAAAAUAAGUCCUCUGAUCUUUGCUCCUUAAUGUUUUUUGGACUCCUCCGUCCGUGCAUAGCUUAAGCAUAGAUUUACAUAGUAUUUUUUUGUGUAUGCUCAUCUUAAUGGUUUCUUAAAGCCAUAUGAUGUCUGUAUAACUAGUAAUUUGUUUGAGGAAAAAAAGGUAAUAAACAGAGCUGAAUUAAAUUUGGAAGCCUCAUGUCAUUUUUGUUUGGGCUGUUUUUCUUGCUGUGUUUGCUUUUGAACAUAAAACCCGAAAAAGAUCAUGGUUUGUUUUUGUCUGUAUUUGCAAUGAAAACCAACUGAGCAUAAAUUUAUAGAUUGUUUUUCUUGAGUUAUGACUUGUUCACUGUGUCUUUGCAGAGGACUCUUGUCUGGUUCUGUUUGUCUGUCACAGUUUUGUCAAGUAAUGAAUGUUAAAAAAAAAAAAAAAAAAAAAAAAACAGAGGCUAAAAUGAUUAACUAGUUUGCGAGGAUAUGAAACAAACAUUUUUUAGCAUGUUGAACUUAUUCCUCUCAGAUUUUUUCACGUGAGUGUGACAUGUCUGACUGAUGUCUGCCUUGUCCCAUUCUCAGGUGUGGUGUCAGUGAGCUUUGAGGAGGAUGAUGAGGGAAACCUUUGCCUCAUCGCUUACCCCCUCAGGAAUGACCCGGCAUCAGAUCUGGAGAACCAAGACCCUUCAGCUGACUGCGACAAAACUGUCAAAAUGAUAUCCUCUUCAGCGCUUGUGGACAGCGAAUAUUACAACAAAGAUUUACGAAGCCGCCACUCACGUAAAGACAAGGAGAAGAGGUGAGAAAGCAGGACACAGUGGGACUUUUCACUCAUGGUAGAGAGUAGAGAGCGUGGUUGAUGCAACAGAUGGGCACAAAGUGAGUCACACUCACACUUGUAUCUCAACCGUAGUCUUCGGUUUUUUAUGAAUGGAAAAGCCUUACAAGUCCUACAACUGGUAUCAAUCAACUGAUGAUGUACACAUACAACCUAAGGAAAAACUGGCUUUAAAUACAGUAAGAGGCUCAUCCCUAGCCUUGGCAGCCAGACAGAGGGUCAAAGCCUCAGUGUUACAUAACUGCAGUAGUUGCAUAUGCGUGCAUACACACAAACACUAAACUUAGCCAAACCCGAUGUAGUGCUGUGAAAUGACUGGAGGGAUGAUGUUGGCUGACUGCGAAAAAUUUCUGAUGGGUGGAUGAUAGUUGACAUAGGACACUUUCCAAUUGAGCUCUUCUUCAAAGCUGAUAGAGAUUAUCAUUCCCUUCUUGUUUUAUGCUCUGUAACUUGGAUCUGCACUUUUACAAAUACUUACAGAGCCUUUUUGUUCUUGAUUCCUUCCUUAUUGUGACUCUCUUUCUGCUGUCCAGUGUUCACAAGCUGCAGGGAGAUGUGGGGCUCGAGUGGCUGCGGCAGGCUGAGGUGCUCUACUACAGACUGGAGCGUAGUCAUAGUGACGCCGUACCGCAGCUCAAACACAAUCCCUGGAGCCUAAGCUGUCAACAGCAGCACCUGCAGAGAAUGAAGGAGAACUCAAAGCACCGCAACCAAUACAGUAUCCUGUUAUCGGCUCCGCUCCAAUCUGAUGCAUUGUACUGCUUUCUUGUUCUUGAUGACAGAAUUAAGUAACAGCUUCAAAACUGUUGGAGGAAAAUCAAAAAAUGCCUGUAAAUGAUAUGGAAUAUAAGCGUUAGCCUUAAAUAUAGAAGAAGUUCUUUUCCGGCUCUUAUCUCCUUGACUCAGUUACCCAGAAUUCAUCCUGCUAGAGAACCUGACGUGGCGGCACAAACUGCCAUGUGUGUUGGACCUGAAGAUGGGAACACAGCAGCAUGGAGACGACGCCACAGAGGAGAAGAAAGCCAAGAAGAUCAGCAGGUGCCAGCAGAGCACGGCAUCUUCACUUGGAGUCUGCCUCUCAGGCAUGCAGGUGAGUUUCAGACUGUCUUCAGUGCGUCACCUUUUCAAUAUAAAUCAAUAAGACACUUUACAGGCAACAACCUCACAAACCCCUGAGAAAUAUAUCCUAUCAUUCUCUUUCCAGUCUCUCUCUAUCUGCCCUUUCAUUGCUACCACUGCCCUGCACUGUAACUACACUUAGUCGAUUUUGUCUUCUUGCCCUGCCAUCACCACAUUAUCCACCUGCAGGCUCUGACUCUAAAUGCAUCACUCUUCAAAUAUCUGCCUGUUAAAUGCAGGGGGUGAUAAAGUUUGAGCCCAGGCACUAAACAAAAACUGAACUGCUGCUGCAGUCAAUAUUUCAAAGCAUUACAAUGCAAGUUGUUUGAGUGAGCUGUAAAAGGACUGAGUAACUUGUUCACUUUCCUGUUUAGUGCAUAUAAAACCCCUUAAGGCUGCACUUUCAUCUUGAAAGAAAUCACUUCUGUCAUGAAGGACAUUUUAAGUCCACUUGUUUUUCAAAAUUUUUUUCUGGCUUAAAAUACACUCUAGCGAUGUUUAGAUCUUUUGUAAUUUUUUAACAAGUUUAUGUGACCAACAGUUUAUUCUACCAAAAGAAAAACUGUGAAACAUCACUGCAAUAUUGUCUGGCAGCACCUUAACUUCCCUCCCUCCCAAACUCUGACUCUGCUCUCUUUUUCCAGUUUACAAUGACCAUACAUAUUGAGGAUUUUAUAUACACAUUGUUAUUAUAUGUCUGUAAACUCAAGAGUACAUACAAUUAAAUAUCACAUUUUUUAUGAACUUAUCCUCUUAAGUAACUCCUGAUGAGAUGAUUAGUGUUUGUAAUUGUUUUGUGUUGUAAGUCUGUAACUUUGUAAGAUUUCCCGCUGCCAAUCUUGGCCAGAAACUUUCAUGUAGCCGAGUAUUUAAAUAUUUUAUACAUAAUGUUUUAAAUGAGGCCAUAAAAUAUAGACCAAUGGGGUGCUCACAUCAAAUGUGAGUAAUCCAACCUCCUCACUCGCUUUCUUUCCAGGUGAGCUCCUUUUUAUUCUGGUUUUGGUAAUUAAAAGAAAAGGUAUCAUACAUUGAUACGAUCAGUUUGUCCUCCAUUUUAGAUACCAAUGAACAACCGCCUGUUGUCAUACGUCACCCGGCAACCUUCAUGCUAAUUAGUUAUUGCUGCGCAAAUAUCCGGUCAAGUUGAGACAUAUUUAGUGUCUGCCCAAUUCACGUCAUUCGCGUCUUUACAUUGACUUAACAUGUAAUUCAUUCGCGUGAAUGGUUUUACUCGCGCUUGGUGUGUGGAGACAGUUAAGGAGUUUUAUAUGAAAAAGCAAAAUGAUGGUGUGGAUCUAAGGUCUAUUUUCUCCAUCUCUUCAGGUGUAUCAGUCCGACACGGGGCAGCUGAUGUUCAUGAGCAAGUUCCACGGCCGCAGACUGACACGGCAGGACUUUAAAGAAGCUUUGUUCCAGUUUUUCCACAGUGGAAGGCGCCUGCGACAUGAGCUCCUCUCCCCGGUGCUCUACAGGCUCAGAGACAUGCAAGCUGCCCUGCAAUCCUGUGAAUCCUACCGCUUCUACUCCAGCUCCCUGCUCAUUAUCUACGACGGAGCCCACCAAAAGCACACACGCCAACACAAUGAGGAUAGCCUUUCUGAGGAAGAAGAGGAGGAGGAGGAGGAUGACGAGGAGGAAGUAGAAGUUGAACCAGAAAAGGAAAUGGAGGAUGAAGAGGAGGUGGAAGAAGUUGCAGAUGCACUCGGUUUUCCUCACAGCCCUUCGAUGUCUAGUGAUGACAGCAGCAGCAGUGGUGGAGGCUCAGGUGUUAGCAAGGCUCGCUUGUCUCGAGCAGACCCCCGCAGCCCAGAGGUGGACGUGAGGAUGAUAGACUUUGCCCACACCACCUGCAAAUACUACCAGGAGGACAGAGUGGUGCACGAAGGUCUGGAUAGUGGCUACAUGUUUGGUCUCCAGAACCUGAUCACCAUCAUUUCCGAGCUGGAGAACCACAGCACAGACUAAAGACAGACAAGACUCUCAUAAACUCAGACUAAGACACACAAUAAGACUGGACUGGAGGACUGGACUACAGAAGUCUCCACUUCAUAAUAAGACCUUGUUGUAGCUGGCCAUCUAGUGGACCUUAUUCCUUUUUCUGCCAUUGGUGCUUCUUGAUGUUCCUGUUUUGUGUGUCCGUCUUUGGGAUUAAGAAGCAGAUCUGCAUGUUACAUAGACAAGCCAUCUGUGUGACAAAUGCAGCGUUUUACCACCGUCAUUGUUCUGUUUAACCCAGUUCACCGAUAGGACAAAAAGGGUAGGCAUAAUAUACAGACAGUUUAAAGUCUGAGAUAGUAGAGCUGUUUCCCUCGUGUCGGAUUCCAAAGAAAGUGUCUGCGUUUUGCACACACAAACACGCACUAAAACAGGUACUGUUAAACAAGUGCGUGUUUCCACAGAGAUAGGGCUUUUUGACAGAGAGUUGUAUGUGUGUGAAGACUGUCAGUGGGUGAAGAGGUGAGAAGAAUAGAUUCUUCUCUCAGAGAGGCUAUAGUCAUAUAGGAAUCAGAGACAGAUGAGAUGUAGUUACUUUUUAUUUUAUAUCUUUCAUAAAAUGAACUAAAAAAUGGGAAUGGGAAGAGUAACAUUCCAUGUUGUCAAUGUAGUAAUGAUAUUAAUAUUGUUAUUUGACAUGUUUGGAUACCUCUAUCUUGUAUGUUUGUGUUGUCCACAGUCUUUUGGAGGAAAGAAAUUAAAGACUUGGGUUUGUUCUAGCAUCUGUGUCAUCCUUCCUGUGUGUUGCUGCUUGCAGACGAGGUCAGGGCUGCUAAUUUUGAUGAAUUUAAGUGUUACUCCAAUCAAGUUUCAUGCUUUAUCGGGGUUAUGAGGACAUCUUUGUAGUGUGAACCUAUUUUAAGAUGCUGGUGCCUACAUGUAAGGACUCAUAUUAAAAGCUUUAUUAAUUUUUCUUUGGAAAGAAUGUAAAGACUGCUGUAUCAAACAUGAGCCCAACCUCACCACCUGGUGUACAGAUGAACAACUGGAGCGUAUGCUAAGCCUGGGGCUCUUAAGAGAUACAUUCUGAAAUACUGUGGAGUGCAGCCACACACAAGAAUCCUGAGUCACAUCUAUAGGGUUAUUUACACUGUCAAGAAGAAUUUCUCUGAUGUAAAGAUGUUAAAUAAGAGGGAUUUGUUUAGCAGCAUAGAGUAUGACGACAUCCCCAGCUGCCUCAGCCAGUCCUGGUUAUCUCCAACCGGUCUGAAGCAGCUAGAGCGGAGUUAAACAGUCUGCUCUCAGAGUCACAGCCUCUGUGUGAUGUGAGGAGUACGGGCAGUUUGCACGGUGAUGAGCUAUUAGGCCGACAGUGGCCUGUGUCAACAGAGAGCACUUCAGUGUCCUCUUCUUAUGGGAUGUACUGUACAGCCAGCACAGAUAUCCACCCAGCAAACCAACUUCAAAUCUGUCUGAACAAUGUCUCACUCACAGACAUGCAUGCCUUUAUUUUGUUGACAGAAAGCAGACAAAUUACUACAACACAUUAGUUUAUUGUGCCUUAAAUCUUUUAAAGAUAGGCGCUUGAAGGGGAGCUGAAGGGUUAGAGACCGCAUGCUAACAGCUUUAAAGUAAGGCAGAGGCAGAGCGGGAAACCUUGGGUGUGAUUCCAGGAUGCAGAUGUGGAGUAGAGACCCUCAGGUGACUAAGCAGAGGGCCAUCUUGAGCAAACUACCGCUCGUACGGACGGGCAGAAGAAAGAGCCAUUCUAGCGGUUGACGUUGAGGCAGAAAAAGUUAGCACUCAGGUUCGUAGAGAGUAUGAAACCACUUUGGCUGAUGAUUGACCUAACUGUUUCGCAGAGUGUCGUAGGCUGAUAUUGCGAACAGCUGCAUCUCAGUCACCUAAACUGCCAGGCUGCUGACUGAGCCUGGAGGGUAAAAUGGCGCUUGGUUUCAAACUUGAGUGUUUAUGAGGCAAGCCAGGGGGGUUUAUUAAACACCUUGGCAGAGGGAGCACACUUGGGUUUCCAAAAUUUCUGCUGAGAGUCGGCAGGAACAGGAAAAAGGUGUCAGUCGGGACUACCGUCUGUUGCUCUGGGGAUUCAGGUAUGGUAUUUCAGGGUCCAGCUUACUGGGCUUCUGGGAGUGAACUGGUGAGGUCAACCACAGGGGAACCAGCAACAAGUGUCAGCUAGGCUGUCAGUAGGCAAGAGGAUCAGUUUCUUUCUCAGCCAAGCCUUGAACAGGGGAUAUGGAGCAAAUUUAUAGUGACCUACUAUAGGAACAGGUGUUAGGCCAUCAUCCAUGAAAUAAGAGUAGAUGUUGGCCAGGCAGCAGACCAGGAAACAGGUAGGACCGGUAUGUCUGUGGCAAAGAUAAACUGAGUCCUUUUGGUGUGGCUGAAGCAAUGAGAAAACCAUCUCUGUUGGGAGUCAUGCAGACAACGGCUUUCUCUGGGAGCUUUAUGUUGCAAAUUGUGUAAUGAGAGUCAGUUUGAAGGUCCACUGUUGAUGGCUGGUAAAACGGCUGGUUUUGCCCAUUGAAGGCCCAUGGUAAAGGGUGAAUGAUUAGAAAAAAAAAGGUCUAUGGACCAAAAGCCAAUCCAAAAAAGGGAAGGCUAAGACUUGACUGGGGUUGGUAGCCAAGCUGAGGGGAGCUGUCCAAAUGCUAGGAGGUUGGUAGGCCGGGCAAGGUAAGGAGUUUGGUAGGAGAUUAAGGGCUUGAGGUAGGUUUACUGCACAAGUUUGCUGAAAAGCAAGCUGGCGGCUUAUAGAUAGAGAGUGAGGUUAACAGCUAACAGGCUAAGAGAUUUCAGGCUGAGAUCCAGAAUGAUAGAAGUAGGCUAGUGGGUUGUGCCCUGGAUACCAGCAAGGUGGAGCUUGAGGUCUAUAUUUAUUGUUUACAAUGAUACACAAGUUAACUAACAUACUCUUAUCUUAAAAGUGACUCUGUUGAGACUGCACACAGAAGGAAUGGGCUAAAGUGCAAGCGACAUACACCCAAAGGCAGAAAACAAAACAGAACAAUGCAGUAACAAAACACACAAGAAAAAACUGUCAAGACAAUAGAUCAGUAUUUUUGUUUUAUGAGGCUGAUAGGAGAAAUUGAUGUACAACAUACACAGGAGGGAUUAGACAACCCAGGACUCACUUGUGGGCAAAGUGUUUGAAAAUGGGCAAAGGAAAGAAAGUCAGAGGGGCCUCCGGUGGAGACUUUGGGAGUAGCAUGUUAUGAACAAAUGAGAAGUACGAUUUGAGACUGUUAAUGAAUGAAUAAAUGUAUUUCCUACACUUCACAUGACUAAAAGGUUUUUUCAGAAUAAGAAUUGGAGAUAAAUAUUUGAGGGGAAAAGAAAAUGCUAUUAUUAUUAUUACAAGUUUUCUUACUGACAUCAAUGGUUGACUGAAAAUGUUUACUCUCAUGUACGUACAGUAUGCAGUUCUUAGCCUAAGACUGUGCUCUUUCCUAAGCUGAAUCAGGACAGUACGAUGAAAGGUCAAAGUUUAACCCGCCAAAGGCAUUAGCAAGGCAGACAGACACUUAAAUCUUAUAAGAGACUGGGUCAGGGCUGGGGUUAGGAUUGUUUAUGAGCACACACUGGGUUUACACAACAAGUUCAGGUCUCAUAUCUGACUUCUUUAAAAGACUGCUAGAGAUCAGGUGCAGAGCCAGGCAGUCCCACUGUGGGCAUUCAUGUGAUGUUUAUGUGCUGUGUUAUUAUAGAGGGAUGGAGGGACUGAUACAUGAGAGGAUGGAGGGACAGAGGAGAUAAGCUCUUCCAUCUCCACUCUACUGGGAAGAGGGGGGUGGCAGCCGAUGUUGUGUAACAGCCCCAGGGUCAGUGGGCUGCUUCUAACCAUCAAAAUGGUCUCAUUCUGUCAUCGUAUUGUGAGGCUGCAUAUGUAUAUUACACCACAUGUAUGCUGUAAAUUCACAGCUUUUUUUUUUUACUGGGGGGCUACAUACCUCUCUAUGAAAUUAGUGUGUAAUUGCGUAUACCCCACUGCUUUAUAAAGGUUCCUGCUGCAACUGGAACGGUUGCAUAACAGUGGUUGAAAUCACUAUGGCAACAACAGCCUUUGCUGGGAAUAAAAUAGUGUCAUGACUUUUGGGGCCAUGGGAAUCACACACCUGAUAAAUACUAUUUACCACUCAUCUGUUAAUUCAACACCUCUGCUCUAUUAUGUUAUUCAAUCUUAGUUUUUCUGUGUGCAUAUAUGAGCUUAAUCACUGCAAUACUGGCACACACUUGCAAUAAACUCACCGACUGAAAUGUCCUCUCCUCAUAAAAAAUCAGUAACUUCAUUACUUUGAAUGGCAAAAUCAUCUGUACAAGAUGAAGCUGAGGUCAUGAAUGGCACAAAGUUAAUUUGCUUGUUUCUUUCCUUCCAUCGACUCAUUUCCUUUAUUUCAGUAGUUCACUCAUUAUCUGAGGACAAUCUAAUAACUAAGGAGGACUGUCAUUUAUUAAACUGUAAAGAGGCUGCUUACUAUUUCACAGUGUCUCCAUCUUUCUUUCUGCAUGGAGGUUUAUGCAUAUGAAGCCCGAUUUUUUUUUAUAACAUACUGGUAGACAAACAACAUAAACCCAAAUUCAUAUACGACAGAGGUCUCCCGCUUUGUGCCUUUUAUUUGAGAGGGCAAAAUAGUUAAAAACAACCUUUCUGUGCGGUGUACAGGCUAACGGAAGUCUCUUGUUUGUUAUCCUCAGCAACAUGUCCCAUUGCAUUUGCUCACUGCACUGCCAUCUGAGAGGAGCCCCAUUGUCUGUCACGCAAUCUGGUUUACAAGCAUGCAGUGGAUGGUGCUGCCUCAGGCUUGAAAACAGAGUGGGGUUUAAAACCAGUCAGCACUGUUGAGACUAUAAGGUACAUCACGAAAUUCAGUUUUCCCUGUGGAAGACAGUCCGGCCAGUUGGACCAAAACCUACUUGUGUAGUAUUUUAACUUUAACUCAUGUUACUGUAAAUUGUGUAACUUCUUUAAAAAGACUGUUGAUCAUGUAGAGUAUGAUGGCUAAAAUGAUGCAAAAACAUUGUCGUACACCUGUUUUUGUGAAGUAACGAGUAAGGAAACUGUUAAAUAUUACAUGAUUCACUCCUACAUAAAGACAGACCCAUUCUGACAGAUGCUAAAUUGAGUUGACACAGUGUUGACACACUUUACUGGCAGUUACAUAAACAAGUCAAUACUGUAAUGAGGGCAAGAGGAAAGACAGGCAGAAUGUAGAAGAUGCAUCUGUUGCCCAGAAAGAAUAUAAAAGUAAAAGUUUAUGUGGUGUAGUUAGAACUGUUAGGAUUAAUCUCCUGACCUGAUUAAAAUCUGUGAAUUAUUUGAUCAAAGCUCAGCCAAGUGUGAAUGUGUAACCACUCACAAAAAGUUGGUCAUCAGGUCAGUUUUUCCAACAACCCCUGUUGGAUCACAGCCUGUAACAAGUCCCUCAGACAACGUGCACCAUGCUUACAACAAUAAAGUAAACAUAUUAAUAUUAAGACUGUAACAAUACAGUCCACCUUGGUUUAGCAUAAGAGCUUGAGAGCAUCUGCUAAAGCAGUGGUCCCCAACUUUUUUUGGACCAGGGACCAGUUAAAUGCAGGAAACAGGGACCGGGUAGGGGCGUGGAGGUUCCAACAACAAAAACCUUAAUCAGUACAUAGUAUGUAAUCUGGAUACAAAAAUUACAUUUUAUAUUAGGCACUUUUCAUUACACUUUAACCCAUUAAGACCUGAACCCUGUCUGAGACACGCCUCUGAAAUACUGAGGGCAAUUUUGAGAAGGGCCCCCGGAUCCUGAGGUUUUCUUAAGUGUCAAGGUUUACAAAAGAGCUGAUAUCUCGGCCUCUGUAGCAGAUAAAAACAAAAUUCAAAAAGUAUUUGAGAGCUUACACGUGUGGUUUUCAAGGUGACUAUCCUCUAUUUUUCUGAACCUUCAUCACAUUUUUGAAAACUUUGAACAAACAAACUCAAAUAAAAUAAAGCGGCUGUAUAAAUAAAAGUAAAGGCUCUGCUCUGGAGAAUAACAAUUUGCUUUCUGUAAAACAAUUGGCAGUUAUGAUAAAGUGUCCAUUCAAAACAAACAUAAACAUAAAAAAUAAGGUGUUGAAAGGGUAUGCAGCUGCCCUCGUAUAGUGCCAGUAAAAAAACAGCACUAAAAACAAAAAGAUAAAUAAAUAAAUAAAUAAGUGGCUGACAGUGUGUUCAUCUCUGUGCUCACCCAAAGUCAUGCAACACUCACAGAAAUCACCGAUAGUGUGAACCAAAGCACUCCAUAUGAAGAGGUUGUUCACACUGCAGGAUGUUUCUCCUCUGAAGCUGCUCUCUGCCUUCGUUAUUGUUUACUUUCCUCACGAAGCUCGUUGCAAGAUCCGAGCAUGAAUCCGAUCGCUUUAUAAACCUAUCAGAGGCAGAUGGGUGAUGAUUUGAUUUGCCACGACUCCAGAAAUGAUUAAAAAACAACAGAAUGUUACAAAAUGGCGUAUCCGCGCUUGCGGCUUGAAGGGUAGAAAUGCGUACAUGCUGUCCCGGUUUAAAUGGGUUAAAAUCAACCCACCAUAAUGCAAAAUCGACCCUUUCUCUCUGCAGUGAACUCUGUUUCUGUCUCAUUUUUGAAAGGGCUAGCUUGUGUUGCUGAUGCAGGAAAAUGACGUGCCGGAGAGUCAAGCGCGAAAGUGAGGUGAUGGCGGAAGUGGUGGUCUUUUAAAAUGAGAUACUGGAAGGAUGGAUGAAAAGAAAAAAAAAAAGUGGACCUCUGUGCUAAAGUACAUGAAGCACCAAGUAAACCCAAGGUUGACUGUGACUGCAAAAAAAUCAGACAAUGUAGAGUUUAAGCUGAGGAUCUUUGAGUUGACCUUAAACACACAUUUGUUUUCCAAAUGUGAAAGGUACAUUUUGUAGAUAUAGGAAUAUUAAUCUAGCAGUCUGUUUCAAGAUUGAAACAGUCCUCCUGCUCAACCCUUCUGUUAGUGAAGAGUCAGUGAAGCUAUAGAGGACUUCCACAACAAGAAGCUGCUUUAAAACAUAACAAGUAUGAUCCUCCGCUUGUCAAGUUUUACCAUCAAAAACUUCUGUGAAUACAUCAAGGAGCUGGGCUUCUUUGUAGACUUAAAAGACUCAUUCCAAGUUAACAAAACGAAACAUUAAAUUUUAAGUAAUUUAAAUAUACUAAGGGUACCUAGUAUGUUUAGAUACAUUUUGGUAUAUAUGACACACAAUAUUUUAAGGCAACCAAUAAUCAGAGUUAAUCAGAGCUAGCUUUCCAGAGUUGGAGCUAGCAGGAGCAUCUAAUGACUCUCACCAACUGAUCCCAUUACAACUGGGCUAACCACAUUUUCUCAUCAACAGUGAAGUGCACUAAAGAGCUCCAGAGUGCAACGGUUGAUUCUUGAGUCAAGACAGUCACUUUGUUUUAUGGCUCGACUGAAAAGUGUUUUCAGUCUGGGCUCCUAUAAACUCUGGAAUGACCUGUCUGGGGAUAUUAAGUCAGCUGACCCAGUGCACUCUUUUAAGUCACCUCUUAAUACUCACUUUAACUGAUUUUACUGAAUUUUACCUGAUAUGUUAUGAUGUUGUGUUCAAAUAUGUAACUGGUUUUGAAGCUCAGAGGGGAUAGAUCUUUUCUGUUGCGGCCCUAAAAUUAUGGAAUGAGCUAGCUACCUCUCCAAAUCAGACAAGCCCCAAUACUGUCCAUUUUUAAAACUCGUCUUCAAACCCAUUUUAAUUAAUUGGCUUUCAACCCUGCACGAGGCUCCUGUUUUAGUGUUUUAUGGUUUGUUUUUAGUUACUGUUUUCUAUGUUUUUAAAUUAGUUUUUAAAAACAUUGAAACUAUAUUUUACUUUUUUGAUAUCUGCUUUUAUUUUACACUUUGUUUUUUGAUAGUUUUUAUGUCUGCGUUGUUUUGUCUCUUUAUGUACGAGCGCGAAAGUGUUCAGCUGUGAUUGUUUAAAAGUGCUUUACAAAUAAAGUUGA